GCGUCAGAAAGUGAAGGCCGGGUCAUUUUGAGAAAGUAAAAUUGCUCGGUAUUUUGCAUAACCAUAAGCUCCAUGGCGCUGGAUACGGAACCAGCCACUAUAGAAGAGCAAGAAGAAAUCGAUGAAGAAGAAUGGGAACCACGACUUGAUGCACCGGCACAUCACCCGUCUGCUCCGCUUGAUGAGUUAUUUGAGAUCUCGACUACAGUUGAUCCUGGUUAUAUAAUCUCUCUGAUACGGAAACUUUUACCAACCAAUGCAAGUGAUAACCACACUUCUCAUGGCGUUGAUGCAUGUGUUGAUAGUAAAGUAGCUGGUAAUGAUCACGUGGAAGAAAGUUCAGCUUCUCUAUAUGGAGAUGAAAUUCUGAACUCAUCAAACAAGAUGUCUGAGAGCAUGAACAUUGUUCAGGAUUAUGAUAAAAAUGCUCAAACAGAAGGAGAAAAUGAAGAGUCAUGCCAUGGGUUUAAUCUGCCUGGUAAUUCGGUAGGAGAAGAAGCUUGGGAAGAGUAUGGUUGCAUUUUGUGGGAUCUUGCUGCAAGUAAAACUAAUGCAGAACUCAUGGUAGAAAAUCUUGUACUUGAAGUACUUUUAGCCAACCUUUUAGUUUCCCAAUCUGUGCGAGUUAAGGAGAUCAGUCUUGGAAUUAUUGGAAACCUUGCCUGCCAUGAAGUUCCGCUGAAACAUGUAGUGUCUACAAAUGGAUUGGUUGAGAUACUUGUGGAUCAAUUAUUUUUAGAUGACACUCAAUGCCUAUGCGAAGCUUGCCGGCUGUUGACUUUGGGUCUUCAAAGUUGUGAACCUAUUCCUUGGGCUGAAGCAUUGCAGUCGGAACAUAUUUUAUGCCGUAUUUUAUGGAUUGCAGAAAAUACCUUAAAUUUACAGCUCAUCGAAAAGAGUGUUGGACUAUUAUUAGCCAUCAUUGAAGGUCAGCUGGAAGUUGUGCAUGUUCUCCUUCCACCUUUGAUGAAGCUGAGUUUACCGAGCAUAUUGAUUAAUCUCUUCACUUUUGAGAUGGGCAAAUUAACAAGUGAAAGAAUUCCUGAAAGGUAUUCAGUUCUUGAUGUAGUUCUCCGUGCAAUUGAAGCUCUUUCUGCUUUAGAUGGUCAUUCUCAUCAAAUCUGUUCAAAUAAGGAACUUUUUAUAUUAGCUUGUGACAUGGUCAAACUCACUGACAAAGUUGAGGUUGCCAACUCUUGCGUUACUGCUGCAGUACUUAUUGCAAAUAUUCUCUCUGAUGCAACUGAUUUAGCAUCAGACAUAUCACAGGAUUUGCGUUUUUUGCAGGGGCUCCUUGAUAUAUUUCCUUUUGCUUCAGAUGAUCUAGAAGCACAAAGUGCACUCUGGAACAUCAUUGCAAGGUUACUCCUUCAUGUUCGAGAAAAUGAGAUGAGUCAAUCAAGUCUAUCUCAGUAUGUUUCAGUUCUUGCAAGCAAAUCUGAUCUGAUUGAAGACAUUCUUCUCGAUUACCAAUUAGAUGACUGCAGCGACAAAGACAAGGGCAUGAACACUUCUUGCACAAAAUCAAAUGCUAAAACUACAGCUAUUAGAAGGUUAAUCAGUAUUUUAGACCGGUGGAUUGUUUCAAAGGAUUCUGCUGAAGAGAACAAUAUGGCAGGUGAACUUCAUCCAGAUAAUGUCAGUGUGAAUAGAUUGCUUGAUUGCUGUCGGAAAUCAUCCAAUUUCAUGUAACUUUAGUUUGAAGUUGGUGAUACAAUAAACACAAAGGUGUCAGGUCACUCAUGGACAAAGAGUGAGAGGACGAAAGGUGCGAUCCAGUGCCUGGUAAUUAGUUUCUUUCAGAGAAUGAACCAGAUAUUAGCUGAUUUUACCUUGAGGAUCAAGCUCAUUUUUGUUUGAUGGACACCCCAUGUUUUGAGUAAUGUUAAGUCACUCAACUGGGCAGUUUAAAUCGAAAAGAAACUUAAUGGGAUGGAGGAGCACGAUCACGGGGUUGAUUUGCUGGGGCUAGUUUCAAUAAAAGCAUCUUAGAUUUAUGUCAAAAUCUGAUCAAUUCUUAGAAAUCUCUAUAUUGGCUGGGGAUAGUUUCAAUGCAACUAUGAUUAUAUACUCUUUAACUUCGAAAAAGAGUUAAACAAUUAUUUGUUAUCUCCAAUGAGAUUGGGCAGCAUGUGACAGCAGGAUCAAGACUUAGUGUUGGGGUAUUGGUGUGUUGGUGUGAUUAGGAUGGGGUUUUCAAAAGAUAUAGUGAUAGAGUCGAAAUCUUUUUCCCUUGUGAAGGAUGGAGGUUUCUUGGUUAUUAUAGAGAGGAGUUGGAGGGUGGUGACUAAGCUGCUAUUGGGGUCUCUUACUGUGUGAUGGUUGGCAAAAGCAUUGGAGGACUGUUUGAAGGGAGAAGAGAGAUUUUUUCACCACGGUCAGGGAAGGCAACUGUAGCUUCAUAGCGCAAAGGUGCUCCAAUGGUCGUAGCCGCUACACGGCGUUGGUGGAAUAUGGUGGUGGUGGAAGACGGAAUUUUAUAUUUGUACCUGAAGAGAAGGAGGGUAGUGGGUGGAGAAGGAUGGGGGAGGCAUUUUGGGAGCUCAUCUACAAAGGGAGAAACACCUACAGAGGAGUAGCACCGAUGAGACCAUCGGCGGUGAGGAUCUAGCUGCAAAUUUGCACAUACAGGGAGGCGUUGCUGGCGGAACAACCCUGGGAAAUUCGAAAGGGGGAUGUCAACAUGGAAUUGCAAAGAGGAGCCAUUGCAAGGAAGGGUAACGGACACAGCAUUGGCAUAUUUCC